UCGCCGGUAUUCCAGCGUAUGUGUGUGUACUACGCGCGACACGUGCGAGAAGUUUUCGCCUUUCAUACUGCGUCAGUUGGAAGUUAUCAUUUACCGCGUACGCGAAUCCCAUUACUUUGAACACAAUGAAUUACAUUACGGUUUUUUUGAUUUUGAAUUGUGCGACUGGGUUGAUGAUGUGCGACGCGUAUCGAAUUCUCGGCGUUUUUCCAUUCGCCGCAAAGAGUCACAAUAUAUUAUUCGAAUCUCUCAUGAAGGGUCUGGCGAAACGAGGACAUCAAGUGGACGUUGUGACGCAUUUUCCACUGUCGAAACCUCCGGAAAAUUAUAGAGAUAUAAUCAACUUGAACGGAACGAUGGAGAAUCUCGUGAAUAAUUUUACGAUCGAGUUUGUCAAUCAAAUGGCCGGCGAUAUCGUUGAAUCGAUCGCGACGAAUUACGGAAACAGAAUUUGCGAAUUCAUGGGUUUACCCGAGAUGCAACAAUUGAUACACGGUCCACUGCCAAAUCCUCCAUACGAUGUCGUGAUAACGGAGGUAUUCGGAGCAAAUUGCUACAUAGGAUUAGGUCGUUUCUUCAAAGUGCCCGUCGUAGCUCUAUCUUCUGCGACGGAGUACCCAUGGAUCGCUGAUUUCACGGGCAACGACGAUAAUCUUGCUUACGUGCCAAAUGCAUUUCACGUUGGAGUUGAAGAAAUGAGUUGGUGGGAACGCGUCGUUAACGUCUACGGUCAUUUCAAAGCGUUGAUACAAUUUCACCAUUUGACCGACUACAGUCAAACGCAGUCCAUGAGAAAAUACAUAGAUGCCAAUAUGCCGGAUAUUCGAGAAGUCGUACGAGACGUUUCGUUGGUCUUGGUCAAUAGCCAUCCGAUUUUGUUUGGCGUCAAGCCGCUCGUUCCUAGCUUGGUGCAAAUAGCUGGUUUGCACGUCGAAGAAAACGACGAAAUCUUACCUCGGGAAUUAGAAAAAUGGAUGAAUGAAAGUACGAGUGGUGUCGUUUAUUUUACGCUUGGAUCAAUGGUCUUGAUAGAAACUUUACCAACUGAUACUUUGAAAGAAAUCUAUAAAUCAUUCGAAAAAUUAGCACCCAUGCGAGUAUUAGUUAAGAUUGUGAACGAAACGAAAUUACCAUCAGGAUUACCAAAAAAUGUUAAAGUUCUACCAUGGACGCCACAACAACCACUCUUAGCACAUAAAAAUAUGAGAGUUUUUAUAACUCAUGGUGGUCUGGGUGGUCUCAUUGAAGCUCUUUAUUACGGAGUACCGAUGAUUGGAAUCCCAUUGUUCAGUGAUCAAUUUCGCAAUGUCGAAGCAUUUACGGCGAAGAACAUGAUGAUUCAAAUAAAAUUAAGCGAGAUCAACGAAAAAAAUUUGGACAACGCGUUGAAUCGAUUAAUUAAUGAUUCUACUUUCAAGAAUAACGCAAUUUAUUAUUCAAACGUGUUUCGGGAUCAACCCGUCAGUCCCAUGAAUAAUGCGAUUUUCUGGAUAGAAUAUGUCAUAAGAAAUGGAAACGUACUAAGAUCACCAGCUCUUGAUUUUUAUUGGUGGCAAUUGGCAUUACUAGAUAUUUAUGGUCCUGGACUGAUAAUCGUCUUGAUGAGUUUGUACCUUGUAUUUGUUGGACAUUUUUACACUGUAUUAUGAACGAAAUGAAAAAAAAAAUUAGUUAAUAUUUUAAACCAAAUUAUGUUUGAAAAUUGAAUUUGAUUCCACUCAUUUCGACGUCAUGCGCAGUGCGCGAAAUUCAAGUGUGAAUCGUCAAAAAUCUAAACGCAUUAAAAAAUACAAAAAUUGUAUACUAAUCUAUCAUUUGCAAUAAUUAUAAUUUUUAAUAAAA